AUGGACCCAUUAGUUGAGAGUUUGCUAAAAACUUCCCUGGAUGACGAAGAUCCAGAAAGGUCACCACAUAGUUCAGACAUUUCUGAUGACGAUUCUUCUAAAAUAAAUAACGAGCUUGACUUAGACCAUGGUGGCCGACAAACGGGUCCAAAAGGUGUUUUAGCAGAUCAUGAAUAUCAUAAACAAUAUACACAACAACAAAAAUCUGCUUCAAUAGCAGCAUAUAACGAACGCAUAUUGUCAAAAGCUCCCAUGACAACAACAUAUCGUGAAGAUGAAUUAAAUAAAGCUCUAGAGGAUGAUUUAAAAGAUUUAGAAAAUAUUAGCUCAGAUGAAGAAGAAAAGCAAGUACUAAAAAAGUACCGAGAACAAAGAUUAAGAGAACUUAAAGAAAUUGAAAAUCAGAAAGUAAAUAAAAAAAGAUAUGGAACUUUAAGAGAAAUAUCUUCCAAUCAAUAUGUUAAGGCUAUAGACGAUGAGGCUCCAGACGUUUGUGUAAUCGUACAUUUAUAUGAAAAUUCAAUUCCUCAAUGUAGACUCUUAAAUGAAUGUUUGACACACCUGGCUCGAAAAUUUAUCAAUUCCAAAUUCUUACGAAUUCUGGCUCAUGAUUUAGACUUUGACUUAAUUGGUCUCCCAGCUAUACUAGCUUAUAAAAAUGGCAAACUAAUUGCAAACUUAGUUAGGAUUACUGAUGAAAUCGGUGAAACGAAUUUUGAUUCAGAUACUGUUGAAAAAAUUUUAUUAAGACAUGGAGCACUGAAUGUAACAGAAAGUAUAAGUGAAUAA